UCGAAACAUUUUUUUUUCUGUUCCCUCUCCGUUAGAGAGAAAAAACCCUAGCUCGUCCUCUCUUUCCAGUUUCCCUCCCUUUUCUAUCUGAUUUUUCCCUUUCCCAUCUGAUUUGGUGGGUUCGUCUGCUUCAAUGGACUUCAAUUGAACUCAUUCCUUCCCUACUUUGAAGGAUCUGUCAGCUUAGCCCACAAAACCUACCAACAAUGGCGUCUUCCGACAAGGAUGUUGAAGAGCAGCUUUUGGAAGCUGGCAAUAAGAUUGUUGAACCUCCUACUUCAGUUGAAGAACUUCUACCUCUUCUCGACAAAAUUGAGAGUUUGCUGGCAAAAGUUGAACAAUCCCCUUCAAUAUCAAUGCAAAUUGCACUCACUCCAUCACUGAAAGCCUUGGUUUCUGAUCAGCUUCUAAGGCAUUCAGAUAUUGAUGUCAAAGUUUCAGUUGCUGCAUGUAUUAGUGAAAUAACUAGGAUCACUGCACCUGAUGCCCCUUACAGUGAUGACCAAAUGAAGGAGGUCUUUCAUCUUAUAGUAUCAUCCUUCGAAGAUCUCUCUGACAAGUCAAGUCGAUCAUAUGCAAAGCGGGCAUCAAUUCUUGAAACCGUUGCAAAGGUUAGAUCAUGUGUGGUCAUGCUGGAUUUGGAAUGUGAUGGAUUGAUCAUCGAGAUGUUCCAACAUUUUCUUAAGACAAUAAGGGAUUAUCACCCAGAGAAUGUAUUUUCGUCAAUGGAGACAAUUAUGAGCCUUGUUUUAGAAGAAAGUGAAGAUAUGGCUGUAGGGCUCCUAUCUCCUAUCUUAGAAAGUGUUAAGAAGGACAAUGAGGAAAUUCUACCCAUUGCUCGGAAGUUAGGAGAGAGGGUUCUUAACAACUGUUCUACCAAGCUCAAACCUUAUUUGGUUCAAGCUGUAAAAACUUUGGGAAUUUCUUUUGAUGAUUACAGUGAUGUUGUUGCUUCUAUAUGCAAAGAUCUCUCGGGCUCUCUUGAGCCAAGUAAUCUUCAUGAUGCUGGUGAAAAUGUGGUUGAAGAAAAACCAACAGAAGUGGCCACACCUGAGAGAGUUGACACGGGCAUGGAGAAACAUCAUGAUUCAGUUAAGAGCAAUGGAGUUGCACAAGGGGGUGAAGAUGGCUCGGUAUCUACUUUGGAGAACAAGAAGGAAGAACAUGGUGAGGAAUGCAAAGAGGUGAAAUCACCCAAAAGUCCUGAACCUGCUAAUUUGGGCUCUGAGAAGGCUAGCAAUGUGAAGGAAAGAUCUGAAAAGUCCUCCAGGAAAAAAGGUAAAAAAUCUAAUCAGUCCUCGAAAUCGACUGAAAUUUCUCAUGUUAAUUCCCAGAAGGGAUCUGAGAGCCAGCCAGAACGUGAAAGCCACAGUGAACAUCCUGGUUCUCCACGUGAAGACCAGUCUGCUGAAAAUUUGCCUUUGGAAAAUGAGGCUGAUGCCAAGCCUUCCUCACCCAAGGCUAUGGAGAUUGAAUCUGCAAAUGUUGCUUCACCUUCACUUAGUGAAAGUGUUCCUGAUGAGUGUAACAAUAAGUCUGGACAGGGAAAUAAGAUUGGACAGGCAAAAAAGAAAGGCAACUCAGUUAAAGAGGGGGUAGCAUCAUCUGCAGAAGUUUCAAAAAAAUCAUCGGAUGGAAUGGAUGACUCAGGAGCAAAGCUUGAUUCAGAUGCUGAAGAGAAGGUUCCUGCUGGAGUUUCUGAUGAUACUAAGGCUGCCGCUGAAGAUGCAGGAGAAAGGGAAAGUGAUACUACAAGUGAUUUUGAAACUAGGACAUUGAAGCAGUCUGUUAGGAAGGGUGAUGGAACCAGCAAGAGUGGGGGGAGUUCUUUAAAACAAUCAGAAGUCAAGAGAAAGAAGGGAUCAGGGAAAUCUAUUUCUGGAAAAAACGUGAAAAAAUUGUCAGGUGAUGAUGAUAAAAAGGAAACCACACCUGUGCUGAAACCAGCCUCCAAAAACACCAAAGAUGAGAAGAUUGUGGACAAGACUCCAACAACAGUUUCCAAGAGGAAACGAACUCCUGUCAAAGAAAAAGAGUCUGGAACUGGAACUGGUGGAACCAAGGGUUUUGAUGAAUCUUUGGUUGGUUCAAAGAUAAAAGUGUGGUGGCCAAAAGAUCGCAUGUUUUAUGAAGGUGUCGUUGAAUCUUUUGAUCGUGGAAAAAAGAAGCACAAGGUAUUGUAUACGGACGGAGACGAAGAGAUACUAAAUCUUAAAAAGGAGAAAUGGCAGUAUAUUGAUGAUGCGUCUGAAUCUGAGCAGGAGGAAACAACAGAUUUAGUGAGGUCAGAAUCUGCAGUAGAGACACCUCAAAAGAAAAAGGCAAAAGUAAAUGCCAAUGAGUCUGCAAAGCGAGGAAAGAUGGAUGCUUCACCCAAAAAGGGUGGAGUGACUUCCUCCAGCAAAUCCAAGGGUGCAGCUACAAAAACUGACAGGAGCAGUGGCAGCAAAGUUGAAAGCAAGUCGAAAGAAAAUACCCCUAAGGUUGGAAGACAUACAGCUGUUACUGGUAGCAAAUCAAAGGAUCAAGGCACUCCUAAAACUGGAAGUAAACUUGGUAGCACAGGUCCAAAAAUCGCUGGCAAGUCGAAGAACGAUGAUGCCGAAUCCAACAAGACUAGCAAAUCUAAGGACGAUGAGACAUCCACACCUGCCGCUGUUGCAAAGUCCAACAAGCAAGAUGUAUCGAAGACGGGGAAGUCCAAACAAGAAACCCCAAAAACUCCUGUUUCAAAAGGCAAGUCUACCAAGACGGGCGAUAAGUCUAAUAAUACCAAUCUCUCCACCAAGGUUAAGUUCACAUCUUCAAAAGCAAAAGAAAAAGAAAAAGAAAGUGGAGAUGUGAAGAAUUCAUCUACUUCUGGGAAAACAAUGGAGAAUUCAAAGGGAAAGUCACUAAAUUCAUCCAAUGAUCAGGGCAGUGAAUCCAAGUCGGGAAAGAAAAGAAGAAGAGAGUCAAAAGGUUGAUCACCACGUAUAUUCCAAAAAGGUUGGAGUUGUCUAUUCUUGCCUCGGUUUGCACCACAUAUUUGCAAAUUCUACUAUGAGUAGUUCUUGGCAAACGUGAUCUCUGGAUCUGAUGAUCUCAUUGGCACAUUUUCGAGAUUGUCGUAUAUUCUUAGUUAGGUAGGUUAGCAGCAAUUAUAGGAGUAUGGCAGUUCUCUUUGUAGUUGUUUGCCGCUAUUCAUAUCAUCUGUGGGAGGUAAUAGUAGAGGAUCCUUAAGUUAGCUUUAUGUAUUACUUGGGCUUUUGUGAAACAAAGAUUGCCUUAUUAGAGAAAGGAAAGCCAUCAGAUUUAGAACUAAGGCUUUUGUAGGCCUUUCUGUCUUAUCUGUUGUCUUACCCCUUUUAAACUCCCUGGGUGAUUUUCAGAGUAAUUGUUAACCUAACAUCAUCAUCAUCAUCCCGUAUUUGAUUAAUCGUUUUGGAAGCUUAACCUUAUGGAGCAUUUGGCUCGUAAGUUUGGGUCUGUAUAGCUUAUCAAACUUCCAAUUUAUUUAUGAGUUCUUUUUCCAUA